CUUCGAAGCUACAUCUGAAUCAUGGAACGUCGAACUCAGAAGAGUUUUUGUGGUGUUGAGAGUGUUUUGGAGGAGGUGAUGAGAAGCAGCGACGAAGAGCAGCAGAAAGACUUAGACAGGGAUAGCACAGUGUCAAGCGUAGAUUCAGCUCAAGAGAUGUUUAUUCAUGGACUCGAUCCCGUUUUAGAUCGGCCUUCAACUGACACAGAUGAGGACUGGAAUCCAGAGUCCAGUCCUGAGAGACAGAAGAGACCACGGCAGUCAUAUUCAUCAUCAUCAUCAUCAUCAUCAUCUGCAUCUGAGUCUCCAUCUGAAUCUGCUGCAGCUACUAGAGGUAGCGGUAAAGGGAGAGGGAGAAGGAGCCAGUCAGUCGCUGCUGUGUCCCCUAGCACCUCACAGAAAAGAUGGCAUAAUGUGGAUGAGGAUGACAUUGGGCCUCCCAAGCCUGUGUUUAGGCCUGCUCAUGAACUUGGGCCACAGUUGGUGACAACUGCAUCAUACACAGCACUGCAGUUGUUUCAGCUUUUCUUUUCUUCAUCUGUGCUGCAAACCAUCAUUCAGCACACAAAUGCCUAUGGAUCCAAAAAUCAGCAGGGAAGAGACAAGCCAUGGCAUAACAUCUCUGUAGAAGUCAUGAAGACUUGUUGUAUCAUGUCCUGUGGGAAGUUUCUGAACAUCACAAAUGCUCUUCAUCUUAGCGAUCCUCAGUAUGAUGAAGAAAAUGAAAAGAGGGGAACAGCAGCCUAUGACCGCUUGGGGAAGAUCAAUCCUCUCUAUGACAACACGAGGGAUGCCUGCAGAACAUUUUUUCAUCCAAAUCAGAACAUCUCCAUAGAUGAGAGGACGCACAGUGCAAAGGAGGGUGAAGAACAAUGA